GUUGGCGGAGGGUGAUAACUGCGAAGAACGAGAAAGCGAGUAGGGAAACUCCUGCUUUUGGGCUUGCAAUUAAGGGCAGUGCUGUACUUUGCCUAAGGAUUCUAAACGGUGGUCUUGCUUGGUUUCUCCUUCUGAAGACCACCCCAGUAAACAAGAUAGAGGAAGGGAUAGGCCAUACCUUAAAUUCAUACAUACUCUCAAUCAAUGGUGGCGACUCUAAGAGAGGGUCAUUGGAGCCAGACUCGUCUCACUGACUGUGUGCAACAUCUCAUGAUGUAUGUGAGACGUGUUUGCCCGUGACUGUGAUGUUGCCCUGAGUGUGGUAACCUAACCUAUCAGUCCUGGUUGUUUGUCCUGAACAAGUAAAUCAGGAAGUACGGAGUGUUUGGACGCAUGCAAUCCACUGCGAGACCACUGGAAGGUUCUACUGCGGCCCUGUGGUACAAAGAGAAAUGGGACACUGGACUCGGGGUACUCGGGCCGUGCUGCAGCAGCGCAUGAAUCCUUUCGCUCCCCCUGUCACAAAUCCGCCGGGUGUGUAGCUGCAAAAGAAGAGAGCUAGGUAAGGAACCUUUUUUGUCUUAUCUUCAUGGACAAGUAAGUGGGCAAUUCGUGGCUGGGCUCUGAUGAUUGUUAAGGUUUACGCGAUGGUGUUGACAGGGUUUGUGUGUCAUCCAUGAGAGGAGUGCCAAUCAAGGCAUCCAUUCUUUGGCUUUUGCCCGUGGCAAGAAACUCGGUGAGUUCAAAUGUUGGGAACGUAGGAUGCCUAAGAUGCUUAGACCGAAGGUAAUCUGUUGCGCAUGUAUCAAUAGCAUUCUUCUGGUGCUAUUGCAAAUUGAGUGUGGAAAAGGCUUAGACGAGUGUGGAAAAGGCUUAGAAGAGUGUGGAAAAGGCUUAGAAGAGUGUGGAAAAGGCUUACAAGAGCUUGAAACGUAGGAAUCCCCUCUUCGUGUCCCGUUGUUAGUCAGUGUCUGGUGCCGCGCAACUGCUCUUCCACGGAGCAUUGCUUGCUUGCACUGCCAAUGAUGAGUGGAAAGUCUGCGGUGCAUGGAUGCCUCCAUCUGUCAUUUACGUUUCCAAACCGGGAUGGCUCUGGAAUGCGUUGACGCUCUUAUCUUCUUGUGCUGCUUUCUGCACAGCAAUCUUCCUUCUUUUAGCUAGGGGGUGUAAUAGAAAAGUUUGCGAGAGGUGUCAUACAUCAGCUUGUGACUGAAGAGGUGCGGGGAAAACAGCAUUGUCCCCAUGUAAAGGGUCGAUGCCGCUGGCUUAUUCCCACACAAGUCGCAAGCUGUGGCAUAAACGACAUGGGGCCAGGAUGAGCUUGCGGCCAAGGAAAGGUGUUCGAUGGCACAUGAGCAUCUUCUUCACGUAAAUGGACAAGAGUUGACGUACAAAAUCAACAUUCCGUCUCAUUCGUGGAUUGAAGAUGCAAGCAAGGCCAGGAACCAAUCCAUGAUAUAAAUGUUGUGAAACGGCAGCAAGACAUGGAUAUGGAGAGCUGUUCUGUGGAGCACAAGCAUGUCUAGCAAAGGAAGAACAAGCCGUGCUGUGCUGGACCUUUUGCCUGUGCAAGGGGGUACAAAGGCCUCUGCAGAAUGGGGACAGCUGGGACAGGGGUUCAGCACAAUUCAUCCUGUGCUGGGCCUGUUGCAUGUGCUGUCGGACAAUUCGUCAGAUGAAUUGCGUGAAGCUAACAAGGGCAAGACCAGCUGGGGACAGGUGUUCAGGUCCUCUUGCCUGUGCAAGGGCGGAGGAAGACCUCCACAACAUGGGGAGGACUUUAGGUAGGGAUGUUAUUAGAGCAUUGAAGCUGGGAUCCUAUGUGCUGGUGAGAGUCAGUAGGCGUGUGUUUGGGCACGGCGGACACACGUGCGAGUGUGUGUGUGUAUUUGUGUACGAAACUCGUUCCAGGAAUAUGAGAUAAUAAUCCCACUAGAGAGUUGUCCUUUGGUGUUAUUUAUCGUAUUGCCAUUUGUUUUAGCUCGCAUCUAGAGGGGUAUGGAAGUGCCUAUUCAUGGCGUUGUAACCUGCAAAAGAAAGGGCUUUUGCAUGUUGGAGAAAGGACAUCGAGAGUAUCGAGAAUACUUUCACUGCGGGAGCGUCUGGGCUAAUGACGAAAGGGGUUGUUUGAUGGGUAGACACUUGCUGUUCGUAUAUUCUUCACAUUUGUUUUGGAGUGUUUCGCUAGGAGUUUCUGAAGGCCCAUACGUCUGCUUCUGGUGCGAAUGAGCGAAACCUCAUGACCGGUAGAUUUAGAAGAGGAACUGAAUGUGGGUAGGAAGUAGGGAGUUGUAGAUAAGAUUAUUUUUGCAGUGUUUCAAGAAAUGUUUAAAGGAGUUCUCAGAGUUUCAAGAGUUCUUUGGGAGUUACGUCCUUACUGUACAAUGCGCGUCGCCUUUUUUCUA